GGCUGCAGCAGCUUCGACUGGUUCUUUCCUUUCCACUUCGCGCCCCUCGCCCUCGACCUCUGGCACGCAGCAAAGAGGCGCGUCGCCAAGCUGCAGCAGCAGCAGCAGCAGCAGCAGCAGCAGGAGAAGCAGGAAGGGCGCGACAAGGCGGAGGACCGGGAAACGCAGGCGGAGUGUUACUUGGAAGGAGCGCAGGAGUUGUUUGCUGCUUCGCGUCCGCUGCGGCCCCUGGAGCAGCUGCUGGCGGUGCUGCCGCCCUUCAGCGCGAAGUGCCUCCCCCGCGACUUUGCGCAGCUAAUGCUGUCUCCCGUGUCUGCCAUUGCGGACUUCUACCCCUCCCGCUGCAGAUACGACCCCAAGCGGCCGGGGCAGCAGCAGCAGCGGGGGGGGGCGGGCGGCGCACUGCUGCACCAGCAGCAGCAGGAACGGCAAGGAAAUCGGUAGCGAGCAGCAGCAGCACACAGCAGCAGCAGCAGCAGCAGCAGCAGCAGCAGGAGGGUGUGGGGUGUGUUUUGCGCAGGCACCAGUGGCAGUGGGUGGUGCUGCUGCCGUUCAUAGACAAGAAGCGGCUGCUGGCAGCAGCGCAGCAGCUGGAAGGCAAUUUGCUGCCGGAGGAGCAGCAGCGGAACUCGCUCUCGGAAACUGAGGUGUACGUACACCUCACGCACCCACUAGCAGCAGCAAUUCAGCAGCUGCUGCCGGCCCAGGGCCGCGGGCUGCGCCCGGGGGAAGAGCCGGACUGGGCAGCAGCAGCAGCAGCAAGAAGAGUUCCCCGCGGGGUGUGGGGCCCCGGCGUGCUGCUGCCAACUAGCUGCAGCAGCGGCCUCGCCGGCCGCCUCUUUUACUCCGAAGCAGCAGCAGCAGCAGCUCCCGGCAAGUCAUCAGUUCGGGGCCUUACCUGGACAAAUAUGACUUAG